CUCUUCUGUAUACACAGUCUCGGCUAUAGUUUUAUCGGGAGAGAAUUUCCCAGACUGAGGUCACUCAGGUACCCUUUUGGUGUCUAGGGAUUAUAAAGUUUUUCAGAGAUCAUUCAGCAUUUCAAGACUGGGGUCAGCUGUAGAGUAGAAUAAGAAAGUUGAUUAAUUAACUAUGAAAAACCAACAGCCUGCUUUUAGAGUAACAGCCACUUUAGAGGAAAACAAUAAGAGUUCUUCAGAGGUUAUUAUGCCAAUGGGGCUGAAACCUGAGGACAGGUUAACUCUGAUGCCCUUUACUGACAAGGAAUCUUCAAUAGGAAACCCUAGAAACAAUCAGGUUAUCCCAGAGGGCUGUGAGCCAGGAGCACUCCCCUGGAAACACAGCGAGGACAUCAACAGGAAGACAGCUGGAAUUGUGGGAGCCAUCCCCAUCAUGACCACGCCAUUGGCUGUCAUCUGCUUGCUGCUCAACAUCGUCAUACCAGGAACAGGUACAGUGUUGUCUGGUCUGACCCUGCUCUGCCGUCCGGUGCCCUCAGCACUGGCAGGAGGAGUGGGGGGCAGCGAUGAGAGGCUGGCUCUGGUGUGUCUCAACCUGUGGGUGGGGCUCGCUCAGCUCUUCACUGUCACCUUCCUGCUCAUUGGCUGGGUCUGGAGCAUCACCUGGGGAGUCAUCAUGCUGAGUCUCUCCUCUCAAAGGAGGAGCGAUCAGAACUCUGUACCAACGCAAACAGAGGCAACAGCAUUCUCCACUUCAAGCAAGAGUGGUCGUUUCAUGUAGUAUUGGAUCCACCGAGAUGCACAAAAUAGAAUACGCCUCAGCAGGCCUAUAAACUGUUCCAGUUUAAUGCUUCAGAGUCCCCAGUGACAUGCCUUCUUAUCGCAGGGGCAGGGAGAGGGGAGGGAGAAGAGUAUGUCACAACUGUACCGCUCUGAUGAGCUCACAUAUCCUAGCUGCUUAUAUAAUACCAGCACAAUGUAGCCAAAAGUUAUUUAUACUGUAGUGGUGUUUUUUUUGUUUUAUUUUAUACGCACUUCUUUUUCAUCCUUUUUGGGGUUUAAAAUAUAUGUUGCCAUUUAUUUCAUUUGUCAACUCGUAAUACUCACAUAUAAUGAAGGUGACGUUAAAAAUGACUGGCAUCACAGUUGACCAAAAUGAAGGACAUGAUAAAAAUGAAUGAUGGAAAUAUACACCCUUCUUCAGCACAGUCUGCAGUGGUUGAAUUGCAGCAAGCUGCCGAUUGCUUUUAAAGGCUAACAAUUCUGUUGGCGGAGAUCAACUGGACUUACAGUACUGGCCCGUAUUUCUUGGAAGAAAUUAUAUUUUGGUGUUAUAAAAUCUUUGUGUGAACACUGUCUAGCUAAAUUGGUCAAAGCAAAAUAUGAUCAAGUGGGCUCUGGUGGAUUCAAAUAUUUUAUUAAAUAAAUGACAAUUGAGCCUCACCACGUAAUUUGUUUGAUUUGCCUGAACGAUUUCAACCCUGGGAUUCAUACAGUUCUUUAUAUUGUUGUGUUUGAGUGCCUAUAAUAUCAGCGUGUAGUAUGUUUCUCGCACUUCUCUCUGCUAGUCAGGACAAAAUGAACAGAGACAGGACAAAAUAACUAGAAACACCUGCCUCUUAUAGCAAUUGCUUUUGUGUGAAUGGGUAGUCCCUUACAUGAACAAUUUGUAAUGCAAAUGCCAUUCCUGACAUAAGCUCUGUAAAAUAUAAAACCCUGUUGCUAGUACAUUUCAGUCACGACAGGAAAUAUACAAUGACAGACUUUGAUAGAGGGCUGAUAGUAGGUACUUCUUUGAUGCAGAUUUCCACCCCUCAUACCAUGUUUCAACCCAACGGUAUCAACAAAAUGAUACAAUGACAAGAAUCCUCUUCCUGACCAUUUCAGUGAGCUAUGUGAUGUUAUAGCCCUGACGAUUUCUCAGGACAUCCCCCUGGUUCCACUUAAACCUAUUAUUGUUAGUUGUUUUUAAUUUCAAAUUACCUCAUAGCUACUAUUUAUAAUCCAGAGUAUGUGUUGUUUACGGGAUAAUGGCAUUGCUGUGGCGUGUUACAAGAUAAAAACGGAACUCCUCAGUUCCAUUAUUAAAGCCAGAGACUGGAAAUCAAAGGCGUUAUUUAAACAAAAGGGCUUCAUCAUUACCAAAGAACAUGCCACAGCAAUGCUAUUAUCACUACCACAGCUUUUUAGUUUUAUUUAUUUACUGUACCUCUGUUCAUCUGAAAUAAUCAUUGUAAAUUGGGCAGCAGUGUGGAGUAGUGGUUAGGGCUCUGGACUCUUGACCGGAGGGUCGUGGGUUCAAUCCCCAGUGGGGGACACUGCUGUUGUACCCUUGAGCAAGGUACUUUACCUAGAUUGCUCCAGUAAAAACCCAACUGUAUAAAUGGGUAAUUGUAUAUAAAAAUAAUGUGAUAUCUGUAUAA